AUGGCUCCACCCGGUGGGAAAAUCAACAGACCCAAAACGGAGCUGAGCAAGAGGCUGUUCAAGCGCCGCCGGGUCCUCGGGCGACACAAGAAGAAGAAGAAGAAUGGAAACGCGGGCGUCGUCCCGGAUCGAGGACUCGUCACCGUCCGCCGCCUGGAGAUGAGGAACGCCGCCGUCACUUUGUCGGGGAAGAAGAGACGCAAGCUCCUCAAGCGGCUCCGGCGCCUCCGAAACGACAAAGUCGGAACGGAAGGUGAGUCUCGCUCGCCGUCGCCUCCGAACGGACCUCGGUCCUCCUCGACGUAUGAGCUCGCGUACGUCGGUGUUUUUGCAGCCUCCGGGACGACCGAGACGCCGACCGGCGCGAAGGGCCGCGAGGACGUCGUCGCGGAAACGUGA